AUGCGAGUCACACUUCCAGUUGAUCCCCGUCGUAAGACACAAAGCGAGGCAGCAACCCUCGACUUCAUCCAGCAAAACACAGAUGCCCCCGUCCCCACUGUCAUUGCAUUUGACGCUUCAAACGACAAUGCUCUUCGUGUCGAAUGGAUGCUCUUAGAGCACAUGCCUGGAAAACCGCUAAGGCAACACUGGAAAUCACUACCGCUAGAAAAGAAGCGGGCUUUGGUAAAGCGUAUUGCACUUUAUGUUGUCCAGCUAUUCCGUGCCCGAAUCCAAGGCAUAGGGAACCUUUAUCACUCCGACACGUCCCGAGAUGACGCUGUUGACCAGACAAAAUUUCGAGUCGGUCGAAUUGUGUCGAAUGAAUUCUUUUGGGAUGAUCGCACAACCCAAGAAUUCCCCCGAGGUCCAUUUCGCUCAAGCCGAAGUUGGCUACACGCCCGGUUGCUUGUGCACCGUCACGAAAGCAAGGACAUUAUUGAAGCGUCGAGAGAUGAAGAUGAUAUUGAUACGGCAGAGCAGGUCGCAAUACUAGAGCAAAGACUUGCUUCGCUUCUCCAUUCAAUUUUUACAUUCAACCUAAACCAUGAAGUGGAAGAAACAGCUCUCUUCCAUGAUGACCUCUCUCAACAGAACAUCAUGGUUGAUGAGGACGGGAAUCUUACUGCAAUUAUUGACUGGGAAUGCGUAAUCGAAUACGCUAUAGACGAAAACGGGCUGAACGAGGACGGCGAGAUCGACGAGUCGUACCCGGAAGAUCUUCUUGAGUACGAGCAGACUGAACUGCGGAACGAGUUUUUGAAUGAGGUCAAGAAUAUCGAGCCUGCUUGGUUUGCGAUUUAUUCGUCUGACUUAAAUUUGAGAAAGGCAGACUUCGAGAUGGCAGUGAAUUGCAUCGAUAAUGAAUUUUGUAUCAAGCGUAUCUCCAAGUGGCUAGAUGGCGUGGAGGCCGGGGAAGACGUCCCGAGUUUACAGAAGAUACUCCUGGAAUAG